AUGGUUACAUUAGAAGAGAAUCAAUAUGUACGUGAGGGUCGCGUUCAUGCUCGACUCGAUAUCGCUAGUACUUAUAAUGACAAACAUAUGAUUGAACUUGCUGAUCACGAGUUUAUUGUCUAUCCAAAUGUUUUCAGUCCUGCCGUGUUUCCUCUAUCAGAUACUAUUGUCAAAACAUGGCUUCAUCUCAUUCGAACAAUAAAACCUGAAUCGGUACUUGAAAUUGGUUCUGGAGCUGGUUAUUUGGCCAUUCUUGCUGCUCUUAAUGGUGCUAAUCAUGUCACAGCUACUGACAUUACUGAAGAUGCAGUGAAUAAUAUUCAGGCUAACAUUGAAAAGUAUAAUUUAGGAGAUCGAAUGCGAGCUGUUUAUGGUAGCGUUUUUGAACCAUUUGAUAAAAAUGAUCGAUUUGAUGUUAUUUUUUGGGAUAUACCAUUCAGUCAUAUUGACAAACCAAUGGAAAAACUCAAUGCACUCGAACGUACGGUUUUCGAUCCAGGCUAUACACUUUGCGAGGCAUAUUUGAAAGGUGCUCAAGAACAUUUAACAGAUACUGGUCAUCUUUUUAUGGCUUCUUCUGAAAAGUUGGGUCAUCCAGAAAAAUUAUUAGAGUUGACCAACAAAUAUGGUUGGCGUUUGCAAAUGGUAUCAAAUCCUGAACAAACGACAUCGAAUUGCGAAGGCAUGUACGAUAAUAACGUCGAUAUUAAUAUGUUUGAAUUGAUCAAAUUGUGA